AAACUGACACGGAACCAGAAGAGGCGCCACGAUGAGAUCAACCACGUGCAGAAGACCUACGCCGAGAUGGAUCCCACCACGGCAGCGCUGGAGAAGGAGCACGAGGCCAUCACGAAGGUGAAGUAUGUGGAUAAGAUCCACAUCGGACACUUCGAGAUCGACGCCUGGUACUUCUCACCCUUCCCGGAGGAUUACGGGAAGCAGCCGAAGCUCUGGAUCUGCGAGUUCUGCCUCAAGUACAUGAAGUACGAGCGCUCCUUCCGCCUCCACCUGGGCCAGUGCCAGUGGCGGCAGCCGCCGGGGCGCGAGAUCUACCGCAAGGGCAACAUCUCCGUGUACGAGGUGGACGGCAAAGACCACAAGAUCUACUGCCAGAACCUGUGCCUCUUGGCCAAGCUCUUCCUGGACCACAAGACCCUUUACUUCGACGUGGAGCCCUUCGUCUUCUACCUGCUCACCGAGGUGGACCGGGACGGCGCCCACAUCGUCGGCUACUUCUCCAAG